CUAGAACAGCCGCUUAGCCGUUAGGGAGGAAGUUGACUAGUUCGGCGGCUACUGGCUACUGGCUAACUUGCUGAAAAAGUAAACAAGUCUGUUGGCUGGGAUGAAAAUAAACACCAUAGACGUUCAGCUAUGAAGGAAGACAAAGAAAACACCCGACCGAGGGAGAAAAGGGUGGAGAUAAUUUGUGAAGACGGAGAGAAGACGGAGAGGUGUAAGGAGAAGAAGGAGGCCAUGACAAAGAUUGUGAUUAGGAGAUUACCUCCAAGUCUGACUAAAGAGGAGCUGGAGGAGCAGCUGCAGCCUCUUCCGGAGGUGGACUACAUGGAGUUUUUCUCCAACGACACCAGCCUCUUCCCCCAUCUCUUCGCAAGGGCUUACAUCAGUUUCAAGAAUCCAGAGGACAUUGUUCUCUUCAGGGACCGAUUUGAUGGAUACGUGUUCAUCGAUGGCAGAGGACAGGAGUAUCCUGCUGUUGUGGAGUUUGCACCUUUCCAGAAGACAGCCAAGAAAAGAAGCAAGAAGAAGGACUCGAAAUGUGGAACCAUUGCUGAAGAUCCUGAUUAUAAACGGUUUCUGGAAUACUACAAUGGAGAUGAGGAGAAGCUGACAUCCACACCCGAGACUCUGUUAGAGGAGAUCGAGGCGAGAUCAAAGGAACUUGAAGCCAAAAAAACAACUCCGCUGCUGGACUUCCUGAAGAAUAAACAGAGACUGAGAGAGGAAAAGAAGGAGGAGAGAAGACGGAGGGAGCUCGAGCGGAAGCGUCUGCGUGACGAAGAGCGCCGCAAGUGGAGGGAAGAGGAGAGGAGGAAACGGAAAGAGGCAGACAAGAUGAAGAGACUGGAGAAACCACUGGAGAAUAAAGACAAGGACCAGAUUAGGACGGAACCAAAAAUUAAGCUCCUGAAGAAGCCGGACAAGAGUGACGACGGAGAGUCCGAAAAGCCCAAGGAGAAGUUCAAGAAACCGGAGAAGCCACACAGAGAGGACAGACCCCCGGGAAGCGCCGACCACAGGAGGAGACAGAACCUGGAAAAUAAGGAGGAUCGAGAAAGAAAAGGGAACGAGGACGGACGGAAGGAGUUCAGAGAGCGCGACGCGGACCGCGAGCGCGAGAAGGAGAGGGAGCGGCGGCAGAGAGAGAAGGAGCGCAUCCGGCGGCAGGACGACGAGCGGCGCAGACGGAGGGAUCAGCAGGACGGCGAGAACACGUCCCGAAAACGGGAGGAGGAGCUUAAAAAACAGAAGGCCUCGGAGAAAAGGACGGAAAACUCCGCGGACUCCCCUCACCCCGAGAAGGUGGAGAAACCAGCCAGAGAGAACAAGAAGGAGGACGGCGGUAAAAGGGAGCGACUGCGUAACAAGGACCGGCCAGCCAUCCAGCUGUACCAGCCAGGGGCCAGGAGCCGCAUCCGUAACCCUGGAGGAGGAGGAGGAGGAGGAGCGGACUCCGGCUCUGCUGACAGGAAGGCGGAUGCUGAAAACAAGAAGCCGGUUGACAAGGGAGAUGACUGAGCGCGUGUCUGAUUUUGGUGUUUUGAGUUCGGUGAAAAUAACGGCCUGCGAGGCUCGGCGUGUAGCGGCUCCCAGCACCGAGCGGCGCUAAACACCGCAGCGCGGCACCCGGCUCUCCCAGUCCCAGAGGAGGAGGGAUGGUUGAGCCUCCCAGUGCCUGAUGGGGACGCUGUUUAGUUUAAUUUUUCAGGAGCGUUUACAGUAACGGUGUGGAGGAGCGCGGCUGUAGGUGAUGCCAAAGCUUUCCUGGGACCAUGUGAUCUCAAAGUGGCCUUACGUCAUUAAUGUUGCUCCGGUGGGGAAAAUUGUUUCACGAUAAACAUUAAUUUAGAUCAGAUUCUGCAGCUCCAGAUUAUCUCCCAAGACCCUAUAUGCAAACUCUGCUGUGUAACUGCGCGCUUUAGAUCUUCACUUUCACAGGCCCACCUUGUACCGCGCUCUACACGCAGAAGGACGAUCCAGAGGUGCAGAACCACAGUGGAUCUCAAAAGUCUGUACACGCCUCGUAAAAUGCCAGUUUGGUCAGACAUUAAAAAAAAGAGUCCAGGAUGAAUCCUUUUAAACUUUAAUGUGACAUAUUUCCUGUAUAAUUCAACUGCAGUCAUACUAAUCUGAUUUAUCAAAAAUGUACAAAAUAAAAAAGCGCUGAUAACCUGUUUUCUGAAGAGUACACAACCUUAACCUUAAUACUUUCUUGAAGCAUCUGAUUUAUUUUCAAUAAAUCAGAUUUUCCCUUCAGUAUAGAGUCUGUCCACAUGUUGGCUGGGCAACAUUCAUGCCCUCUGCGUUCCAAGGGUCCUCCAAAUCUACCCGCAGCCCCCUUCAAGUGACCCAACACAUUGUCUGUAGGACUUAUUUCUGACCUUUAGACUGUUCCAGAGCUAUAAUUUUCAUACGCUGAAGAAUUUGUUUGGUUGAUUUGGACGUAUGCCUGGACUCCCUGUAACGCUGCGAAAUCAAAUCCCGUCUUCAGCGUCCUUGCAGACGGCUGAAGGUUUUGGGCCAGAAUUAACUGGAAUUUGAGAAAGUUUAUGGUUUCAUUUGACUUGGAAAAACUGCAGUUCCAGCUGAAGUAAAAUGAUCCCAGCACCUGAUGCUGCCACCACCGUGCCUCACUGUUGGUACGGUGGUAUUUUUGGUCAUGUACUUUGUUGUUUUUUUUUUUUUUUUUUUUUUUUUUUUUGUGUGCAAAACUCACAAUUUGAAAUGAUGGCGGCAGCAUUACGUGUUCUCCCACAAGGUUUUGGGAGGUUUUAACCAGGCCUGGUGGAUUUCUUUAACAUAAAAAUUCUGCUUUGCUUCUUCUUACCAUACAUGUGGAAAAUAUUGGACAUAUCCACUUGGAAAACACAACCGUCAGUUCCUGCAGUUACCGCAGUGCUGCUGUUGGCCUCUUGUCAGAGUUUCUGACCAAUUUCAAUCUGUUCAUCAGUUUUGGAGAAACAUCAAGUUUUUGUAAUGUUCCUACUGUACCACAUGUUUUUUUUUUUUUGGUUGAAAUGUACAAGAUAUUGGUCACAUAAACGUUUUGAAACAAUUCAUAAUGGCUUCUUAUUUUAUAUCAUUAAAACAUGGCAUUAUAAUAUAUGGUUCCUUGAGCUUUUAGGAUUCACUGUAUUUCAUAAUUCAUCGUUCAUUAUAUGUGCUAAACAACACAACCUGCUCUGUUGUGCUCAGAUAUCAUUUUUUAUGAAACUGCUGGGGGAGAAAAUUAUUUCUAACCACACUGCCAUAUGACAUCUAUGCUUGCAUGAAGACUUGCUCAGAGGGAUCAACAUGUGGCCUUCCCCCAUUUUUCUAACUUGGACAUUUAACAGUUUUUGUAAACUGAGUACAGCAUUGCUGGUAAUACUAACACAAUUACACAAUAUCUGCCUGGAAAUUUAAAAAAAUAUUUGCUGAA